GCGCGGGGCCCUAGUCUCGGCGUUCCCCCCCGGAGGACUGACGGCAGGGGGAACCGCGGGAGGGGGAAAGAGAAGAUGGCGGAGGCCUCGGCAGCGGCCGCCGUGUCCCAGCAUCGGUUCUUCUGCCACAGCUGCAAGGGGGAGGUCAGCCCCAAGCUGCCGGAGUACAUUUGCCCCAGAUGUGAAUCUGGCUUUAUUGAAGAAGUGACAGAUGAUUCCAGUUUUCUAGAUGGUAGUGGCAGUGGAAUAGACGACAGUCCAUCCACACAGUUUUCAGAGCUUUGGGACCACUUGGACCACACAAUGUUAUUCCCAGACUUCAGACCGUUUCUGAGCAGCAGCUCGCUGGAUCAAGACAGCCGAGACAACGAAAGGGGCCAUCAAGCACAUGCGGAUCUCUGGGGACCAAGCAGACCCCCGCGGCUGCCCAUGACACGGAGGUACAGAUCCCGGGGCAGCUCACGUCCAGACAGGUCUCCUGCUAUUGAAGGAAUAAUACAGCAGAUCUUUGCAGGGUUUUUUGCAAACUCAGCAAUCCCAGGCUCACAGCACCCUUUUUCCUGGAGUGGAAUGCUGCACUCCAAUCCAGGCGACUAUGCAUGGGGACAGAGCGGCCUUGAUGCUAUUGUGACCCAGCUUUUAGGACAGUUGGAAAACACAGGACCGCCCCCAGCUGACAAAGAGAAGAUCACCUCUCUUCCAACGGUGACAGUAACUCAGGAACAAGUCGGUGGGUUAAGUCCGAUAUCUGGUCUUUCCUCCCAUGUCUGGGCGCACGCUAUUCCAGAUGAGGUCUCCUCAGGGCCUUGUCUAAUGCACGAUACGUGUCCAGUCUGCAGGAAGAGCUUAAACGGCGAAGAUUCCACUCGGCAAACACAGAACUCGGAGGCCUCAGCAAGUAACAGCUUUAGCAGCGAAAGCCAAUUACACGAUCGAUGGACUUUCUGAAGCUUGAGGGCUUCCCGGGGGCUUUGGCCGUAGUAUUCUUACUACAGUUGUAAAUUGUAUUAUAAUUAAAACCAACACAACAAGAGUAGCAGGAAAUAUAGGGGAGGGAACCCAACCCGUGAUAUUACUGCAACGAGUACUGUCCCUUUCCAAAACUUAAACUAGCAUCUCCGAGCGAAUCACAUCUCCAUCAGAAUUGCCUCUUUUUAGUCCUGAAUUCAGAGUCUUUGAGUGAUUGAUUUGAUUUUUAUACUUGUGAAACCUUAAUUAGCGUGGUUCUUUCAAAGUGUGUGAGGAAGGGAGCAUUUCCAUCUCUACAGGCUCACUGGCGUCCUGAGCGCUGUCAUGCAGCGUUCAACAUUGAGAUGGAAUUCCCCCCGCCUCACCCUCAGUGUUCCUAGAUAAAAUGCCAUGGAGAGGUAUGGGGCCGGGGGGAAUACUCCCUCUUGGUAACCUGUUUGAUCAGAUGGGAGCAGCUGCUAAGGGAUGCAAACGAGGAUUUUGACACAUCUCCCUCACCCCAUUUCGCUCCCCUAAGACAGAGUGGGUGAAAUUGAAUCCAUUAGUGUUUACCUCUUCUCUUGAAUUCAAGUGAAAUAUACACAGUGUUCUAGGUUACUUAUGGGGGUGGGAGUGAGAAUUUAUCAGAUAAAAGGGGAUGAAGAAUCUCUUUGGAUCAAAAUGUCUUGCCCAAGGCUUUUUUGUGGGGGGUGAUUUUGGGCCGGGAGAUGCAGAGACAUCCAGAAUUCUGGGGAGCAGGCAUGCGCAGAACAUUUUUGUCUCAUGACCUGAUUUUUCUAGUCUUUAUCCAUGUGCCGAUGUUCCCGGGUUUGUCCAAAACGGGUUGUUUGGAAAUUUUUUUUUUUUUUAAACCCAUCUGGACAGUAAUUCAUGUAGGAUCCUUAACUGACUUGUAUCAUAUGGACCACUUUAAGGCAUCCUUCAGGUAAACAGACUUAACUGUG